GUGUACUUCCAGGAACAUGUUUGAGCAGGGUUAAAUAUUUAUCUCACAACAAGAAAGCAACAUCCUGCACAAUCACCUUCUGUACCACAGAUUUGGUGAAUUUAAGAGCAGAGAUUUAGCCAAGACUUGCACCUGAGACGAUCUGCUAGAGGACUAGGAAGAAGAAGACUUUGGGGGUUUAACUGUAUCUUUGGGGAACUGGACAAUACAAACAGAUUAAACCUUUUGAGAACUGAACAUUGAAAUGUGUUAAGAUGAGUGAGUUGUAUUUUCUCUCACUUUUUAUCUGCUGAAAUAUUUAUUUGCUUAGAGUUUUUCAAGAUGACUCUUAAUUACUCAUUGUCAUCCACUGAGUCCUCUGCUUGGAAUGCUUCCCAAGAUGACGCUUUUGAAGGCAUUGGUGGCAUUGAUUUGGACGAUGGUGCAACCAUACCAACUUAUGGUUUACCAAGCUACAGGAUUCUCAUUUCCACUGUCUACUCAUUGGUCUGUGCAAUGGCGUUAUUGGGGAACAUUACUGUCAUGUAUUUAAUCAGGGCAAAAAGAUCAACAGGACUUUCUGCCAUUGAUGUUUUUGUCUUCUGUUUGGCCAUAACAGACAUCCAGUUCACCCUCACAUUGCCGUUCUGGGCUGCAGAUGCAGUUCUAGAUUUCAGUUGGCCUUUUGGACACCUCAUGUGCAAAAUUGUGCUUACUAUUACUGUCCUGAAUUUUUAUUCAACUAUUUUUCUACUUUCUGCCAUGGCAAUUACUAGGUACUGGUCAGUGGCAUCAGCCUUGAGGCCAAGGUGUAGAGUGUCCAGUUCUGUUGCCAAGUGGAUAAGUUUGGCUCUUUGGAUUUUUGCUGUUUUGGCCACUAUUCCAACCACCAUCUUUGCCACCACUAGCAAAAUCAUGAAGGAUGAGCUAUGUAUUCUCAAAUUCCCAACAAAUAAGUGGCUUGCAACUUACCAUCUCCAGAAGCUCAUCAUUGGAUUUAUUAUUCCUUUGGUGAUGAUCACUUCAUCUUAUUGUAUGUUGCUGAAGUUUCUCAAACAGCACAAUGUUAAUGCAAACAACCACCAGAGGCAAAGCAAGAUUACCAACUCUAUACAACUGGUAAUCACGGUUUUCUUUGUUUGUUGGUUUCCAAAUCUUGCAGCCAUCUUUUGGGGGAUUCUCAUUAAGUUUGAAGUUGUUCAAUGGAGUGUUGCACAUUAUUAUUUCCACACCUAUGUAUUUCCAAUAACUAUUUGCUUGGCACAUAGUAACAGCUGUUUAAACCCAAUAAUUUAUUGCCUGAUGAGAAAGGAGUUUAGGAAAGCGCUGAAGGCUACUUUUUGGAAAAUAUCAACACUGCUAGCCUCAUAUUGGCCAUCUAGUCCUAGGAAAGGGCAGGAUACCAACCAGGAGACCACAAUGCCCCUUUAUAGGACAACAAGCUUCAAUCGUACAGGUAGCAAAGACUAUGCUGUAGCCUCUCAAACUACUCUCACUGUACUGCAAGAUUUCAACAUAAAGGAACAACCCAACACUGAGCACAGAGAACAAGACACUCUGAUAAAAUCCAUUCCACAUUAAUCCAAUGAUCGUAAAUGCUGAAGAGCUUGUGCUGAAGAUCAUAUCGACAAUAGCAAAUUGUAGAACAUUAUCUGGGAGGUUACAUUACCUACAAAACAUGUCUGCUUUAUUGCUUUAUGGACUUGUAAUGUGAAGAAGAACCAUCUUAUUGUACUAGGCUCUUUCCUAGGUAUAAGUCAGAAUCAGUGGACUGUGAAAAUGAAUUGUGUAUAUAUGCUUAUUAUAUAUCUGUAUAUAGAAAAAAACGUGUUUGUUCUAAAACAGAUUUUUCAAGCUCUAGACUUGUUAAAUAAGGAAAAAUUGUAUAACUGAACACAUCCAAUAAAGAUGUUGAAACCUUUCAACUAA